GGAAAGUUACCGGAGCCGGAGUGAGAGCGCGGCACGUGACCCCUCCGCCGGGCACAGAUCAGAAGGUACUUGGAGAACCAGAGGAGCUCAGAGAUAUUUCUGUGAAGAUAGAGGCCAUUACGACCUUGGCAUUGGAAACUGUCCAGCCGCUGUGUGUGUCUAGCUGUCGUCACUGAAGACUUGUGAAAGAGAGGGGGGGGAAAAAGAAAAAUGUCCAACCCUUUAAAGCAAGUGUUCAAUAAGGACAAAACCUUUCGGCCCAAACGCAAGUUUGAGCCUGGGACUCAGCGGUUUGAGCUGCACAAGAGGGCUCAAGCCUCUCUCAAUGCAGGGCUGGACUUGAAGCUGGCCGUCCAGCUGCCAUCUGGUGAGGAACAGAAUGACUGGGUGGCGGUGCACGUGGUGGACUUCUUCAAUCGCAUCAAUCUGAUCUACGGCACCAUCAGUGACUAUUGCACGGAACAGUCCUGUCCGAUCAUGUCUGGGGGACCCAAGUACGAGUACAGAUGGCAGGAUGAGCACAAGUACCGGAAACCCACUGCCCUGUCUGCUCCCAAGUACUUGAACCUCUUGAUGGACUGGAUUGAGGUGCAGAUCAACAAUGAGGACAUUUUCCCCACCAAUGUUGGUACUCCGUUCCCCAAGAACUUCCUUCAGGUAGUGAAGAAGAUUCUGUCCAGGCUCUUCCGGGUCUUUGUUCACGUCUACAUCCACCAUUUUGACAGGAUCACCCAUAUGGGGUCAGAGGCCCACGUGAACACCUGCUACAAGCACUUUUACUAUUUUGUGAAAGAGUUCAAUCUAAUAGACACCAAGGAGCUAGAACCUCUGAAGGAAAUGACCUCCCGGAUGUGCCACUGAGCUCUGGACCUUCCUGCCCUCACCCAGGCCAAGCCUCCUCAGGACUGCUGAACCCCAUCACUGCACCGGAGAUGCCGCUCAAGGGACGAUCAGAGACAUUUCAUAGAAAUAUAUUUUUAUUGAGCUUUCAACUUAAAAUGGAGACUGCAGAAAUAUUUUUUUAAAGAUGCCUUAGAUAACUAGUUUUUAUGGUAAUUUCUGUAAUUGUU